AUGGGCCGUGGAAGUAACAAGAAGCGCAAGCACGCUCAGUACGCCCAAGAUGGACCCAACGGCGACAGCAACAUUGGUGUCGGCGCAACAAUCGCACACCUGCGUGGUGAGCUCACGGCAGACCAAAGGUCUGAUGAGCACAAGCCCGACUCCGAAGAGUGGACCACAGUAGGAAGAGGAGGCAAGAAACAGAAGAAGACCAACUACCCCAGCCUAGGCUACUCAGACAUGCACAAAUUACACACGAGUGUAAACAUCAAUCACCUGCAAGCUCUUGUACUCUACUGUUUGGCAGACGCUACAUCGCCGCAGUUUGUGUCUGUGAGGCAUCAUGGCAUGGUUAAGAAGGCCGUGGUCUUGCUGGUACCUGGGCUGGAAAAGGGUAUGUUCGAUGGCAGCAUUCAGAUAGAUCCGCCAAAAGAGACUUCGGUCAAGUCGUCAGCGCCUUACAAUGGCGCCAAUGGCUCUGUGGUAAGUAGCAGAGAGUCUGAAAAAGCUGUAGCUACCGAAUUAGAAGCCAAUGGAUACAACAUCAAGCCACCUCCAAAGUCUCCAGAUGAAUACCUGCCCACACCUUUGUCGCCUGAAAAGUUGCCAAAACCGCUAAAGCCACUCGCAGAUAUCUUCUCCCAUCUCUGGCCCGUCAAAGCUCCAGGAGAUGAGAAGUAUGGGAAGGUGCACUCGCCAUUACAUGCUAUGCUCAACUCAGCCAUUACCAAGACACAUGAAGAGAAACAAGAGGAUAAGCAGAUUAAGGGCCCGAAACCAGCAAGAGAGGGAAAGAAUUGGGCGAACAAGCGCACGCUCAUUACCAAGUUCCUUUCUUCUGCAGAAGAGCUCGAAGAGAACGACUACAUACUGCAUCCAGCAUCUUUUACGACCCUAGCCGAGAAAGAAGUAGGUAUACAACGAAGAACGAAGAACAAGCAAACGACCGACGACGGCUGGCUGGAUACGGUAGUCGACAGGCUCGAGGAUGGGGUUGCUAAGGAUGAGGAUAUCGAGAAAGGGAGUGUGACGGACGGCCGGAGCAUACUUGCCAUAGACUGCGAGAUGUGCAUAGUGGAAGGUGGCGAGAUGGCCCUGACACGGAUCAGUCUAGUCGAGUGGGACGGUAACGUCCUCCUUGAUGAAUUCGUCAAACCAGACAAGCCUAUCAUCGACUACCUGACACCGUACUCCGGCAUCACACCAACCAAACUCGAGAACGUCACCACCAAUCUCAAAGACAUACAAGAUCGGCUGCUCAAAGAAAUCACACCAAAACAUAUACUUAUUGGCCACUCCCUCAACUCUGACCUUAUGGCGCUCCGGCUCACCCAUCCUUUCAUCAUCGACACCUCCAUGCUCUACCCGCAUCCUCGCGGCCCACCCAUGAAAUCCUCCUUAAAAUGGCUCGCGCAGAAAUACCUAGGUCGUGAGAUCCAGAAAGGUCAUGGUACUCAGGGUCACGACAGCGUCGAAGAUGCGCGGGCUUGCCUUGACCUUGUGCAGAUCAAGUGCGAACGAGGUCCGCAAUGGGGCACGAGCGAGGCGACCGUAGAGUCUAUCUUCAAGCGCCUGAAACGAACGCCAAGAGCCGGAUCAUUAAACAACGCCAGCAAUGAAGGCAAGACAGGUGCAAUCGUGGACCAAGGCGCUCCAGAGAGGAACUUUGGCUCCAUGGCUACAUACUGCAUCGGCUGCCCUGAUGACGCUGGAGUUGUAGCAGGUGUCAAGAGAGCUGUGCUUGGCGACGAGGAUGGCAGCUAUAUCCCAGGUGGAGGCGUGGAUUUCACAUGGGCUCGCUUCCAAGAACUAGCGGCUUUCUGCGGCUGGUGGAACGAUAAUAGGCGAGCUGUCUCCGACCACACCCCCCAAGACUCUCACCUCAUCUCCACCGAUUACGUUUCCACUGCCCUCGCUGAGGCGGUUACGAAGACAGUCAACCGUAUACAAGCGGUUCGCGACUUCCUGCCUCCUUGCACCUUACUAGUGGUGUACAGCGGUACAGGCGAUCCGCGUGAACUGGCACGUCUGCAGGAGAUGCAACGGACCUUCAAGCGGGAGUAUGCGGUAAAGAAAUGGGAUGAGCUGAGUGUCAAGUGGACAGACACCGAGGACCAGGCGCUCAAGAUGGCUUGUAGGAAGGCGAGGGAAGGGCUAGGGUUCGUGACGAUUACCUGA